AUGAACGAAUUCGAGUCCGUUAAAGUAGGAAUUUUAGGAGUCUUGUGCAACAUGCCGUGACGGUGUUUGCGUACUCUUUGCAGACCGUAUGCCAUCAAUAUUUUCAGCGUCAGCUGAUGGCUUUUUGGACAGGUUUUCAGAUUCCCCGGGACGUUUUUAGUGAUUCAUGUGAGUUAGUUUUAUUAAAAUUAAAUAAUUUUCUAAUUUUAAUUAAUUGAACGUCUCACAAAUUUGUGCGUGCACCGACCCUCUUGCUUCCUUGUUUCUCAUUGAUUUUUCACGUGUUUCCUCUUCAAGAAAUCCUGUUUUCAGAGAUCAAUAAUAAUGCUACAGUUGAGAUUAAUAGCUAGCUUGCGGAAUUCGUCGAUUAUUCGCCUAAAAUCACAGGUUCGUUCACGCUUGAUGGCUUCCGAAGUCCAUUUCGUAUUUUUCUAGGCAGUUUACCGCAGUUUCUCUUCCCUGACGAAGUCUCCGACCUUCAUCAGAAAUGCAAAUCAAAUACUCAGUAAAAAUGUGAGUUUUCACACGAUUGUGACAGCAAUUACUGGUUUCAAUGCGGAAAAUGUUUAUUAGCUCUCAAAUUAGACCAGUUAGUUCUUGGGCGAGGCCUCAGAUCCGAAUUCGAAGCUGAACUCUCCCUCGUUGUUCUGCUUGCACUUCACGUUCUGUCCGUUGUCCAAUUGCCCACUGGCGUUGAGCUCCAAGAGUUCGAGCCCGGCCUUCUUGUUGAGCACGCAGCCGAUCGGAGCGAACGAGAUGUAUCCGUUGCUCAUCUCGCACUUGUACCGGAAUCCCACGGAGUUGCCCUUAUACAUUCGGUCGAUCGUCUCCUCGUGCUUCACAAACUGAGCCUUUUCGUCCUUCUCCCAGCUGGCAUAGCAUCCGGCAGUCUCGUACUUGCUCACGCAUGCCUCGUAGUAGCUCCCCUUUCCGAUGCGACGGCGAUUUCCGAGUUCGCAGUCAUCUCCGACCUUCACAGCGCUCACAGUCAGAGAAACGAGUCCGAGAGCGAAAAGAGCGAAAGAAGGCGACAUCUUCUGAAAAAUAAUCGAUUAAAUUUCAGAAAAGGGCAAUCGCGCAAGUGUUGACGAGGACGUGUUUCCAUCCAGGAGCGAGCAGUCAAGUGCCGUUGCAGGUAAUUCGAAAACGAGGAAAACGAAUGAAUGAGAAAACGGGCCGAACUCUGUUCUUUUAUUCCGUUCGGGCGGCUUCUCUUGGAUGGGAAUUCCCACCUCCGCUCCGUUUGAUUUCUGCCGAUUCCCGUCGGCCGAUUGAGAACUCGUAGGAGCGACGGGACACUGGAUUUCCCACGUUUUACUUUCAACUUAGAUAAUAUUGCAAUUUAGUGUCUUAAAAUAAGGGCAAAAAAUCUAAUCAGAGCGCUAAAAAUUAAACAUUUAAUUGUCACCCUCUCGAUUUUGAUGUUUCAGGCGAACGGACAACUCACCGGAUAUCAGUUGAUACAGAGGCUGUUGAAGUUCGUAUGGCCUAAGGAUAAACCGGAAAUAAAGAGGAGAGUGCUCGUUGCUCUUUCUCUUCUCGUGGCUGCCAAACUGGCCAACGUGUCAGUUCCGUUCCUUCUACGCGACAUCGUCAAUUACUAUAACGGAAAAGCGCCAGAAUUCUUGAAACUCACCCUCGAAGGAACAGCUUCACAGACUAUUUUCACAGCUGGAAUUGUCACCUGCAUUGCAUGUGAGUUUCCAGAAUCCCGAGGACACAUUCUGAAGUCCCUCCAAUUCAGACGGAUUGGCUCGUGCGACUUCUUCCGCAUUCAAUGAGCUCCGUAAUGCAGUCUUUGCGAAAGUCGCUCAGAAUUCCGUGCGGAACAUCAGCCGAUCGAUCUUCCUCCACUUGCACUCUCUCGAUCUUUCUUUUCACUUGAACCGACAGACCGGAGCACUCUCGAAGGCGAUCGAUCGAGGAACGAGAGGCAUGAGCUUCGUUCUUUCUUCUCUCAUUUUCAAUCUGAUUCCUACUGCGGUCGAGAUCGGAAUGGUCUCCGCUCUGUUCACUGGAACUCUCGGAGCCGAGUUUGCAUACAUGACAAUGGGAAGCAUCGGAAUGUAUGGAGUGGCCACGUUGGGCAUCACUAGAUGGAGAACGAAGUUCCGUCACCAGAUGAAUCAGGCCGACAACGACGCCGGAAACAAAGCCAUCGAUUCUCUGAUAAACUACGAGACGGUCAAGUACUUCAACAACGAAAAGUUCGAGGCGGAUAGAUACGAUCAUUUUCUGAAGAAGUACGAAGGAGCUUCCCUGAAGACCACUUCCUCCCUCGCUCUUCUCAAUUUCGCUCAGAAUGCCAUCUUCUCGGGCGCUCUGAUCGGAGUGAUGUGCAUGGCUGGAAACAGAAUCGCGUCCGGAGACCUGACAAUCGGAGAUCUCAUUCUGGCCAACACUCUUCUCUUCCAACUCUCCAUCCCACUCAACUUCUUGGGAUCAGUCUAUCGAGAAGUGCGUCAAGGACUUGUCGAUAUGAAUCAGAUGUUUUCUCUGUUGACGCUCAAACCGAAGAUCGUGGAAGCGGUUAAUGCGAAGAAACUGGAAGUGACUGAAAACGAUAUCAGUUUGAAGUUCGAGAAUGUUCACUUCGGAUAUCUUCCGGAGAAACCGAUUCUAAACGGACUGGACCUCGAGAUUCCGUCCGGAAAGAAAGUGGCCAUCGUCGGAGGCAGUGGCUCCGGAAAGUCGACGAUCGUGCGUCUUCUCUACCGUCUUUACGACACCGAGCUUGGAACUGUCAAGAUCAACGGUCUGGAAACACGGGACAUGACGCUCGACUCUCUCCGCCAGAACAUUAGCAUCGUUCCGCAGGAUUCUGUGCUCUUUCACGAUACCAUCUACUACAAUCUGGCUUACGGAAGACCGACGGCAUCGAAAGAAGAAGUUAUUGAAGCUGCGAAGAUGGCCGAUCUGCAUGAGUCUGUGCUUGGAAUGCCAAAUGUAAAGAGAGAAUUGGAGGUUACUGAAAUCACACUUUGUUUCAGGGGUACGAGACGCUCGUCGGAGAAAGAGGACUCAAACUUUCGGGUGGAGAGAAGCAAAGAGUCGCCAUUGCGAGAGCUAUUCUAAAGGUACGGAAGGCAGCACUAGGAAAGUUCACUUCUCACUUCAGAAUGCUCCAUUUGUCAUCUAUGACGAGGCGACGUCUUCGCUGGAUGCAAUCACUGAAUCAAAUAUCAUGAAAGCGUUGAAAGGGGCCGUCGAGAAGAGAACGUCGCUGUUUAUUGCCCACAGAUUGGCCACCAUCGUAGAUGCCGAUAUAAUUUAUGUACUAGAAAAUGGAAAAGUUGCGGAGAAGGGAUCACACUUCGAUCUGCUCGCCAUGGACGGUCUGUACGCGCAAUUGUGGAAGUCGCAGAACAUUCACGGAGUUGCUGUGAGUUAUCAUUUCAGUUGUGACAAGAAGAAUCGUAUCGUUUCCAGCCGAAGCAGAAGAAGCCAGAGGACGAGGAUCUCAUGCUCGAACUGGACCUCGACAAGUGCUGCGGCAGUUCGAGUUGCAAUCGAUGA